UGAUCCACCGGAAGAAGCUAUCUUGAUUAUUUAAACAACCUAUUUUUAUUAAAAAAAAAAAAAACAACCCAAUAACCGAUAACCAAACAUAUUCAAAAAUCAAUUGCAUUGUCAUGGAUUGUCACUUCAAUCAUAACUGUAAGCUCUUAUUUUUUACAAUACAGAGAGGAUCAGAUGACACAUACUCAUGCCAAUCUAUUAUGUUUGGUCUACUCUAGCUACUACACUUCAACCGCUCAAUGAAAGACGUGCUUGUAAGCGCAGAAUAAAUGAAGAUGAAGAAGAGCCUGUUAUCGCCAAACGUUAUUUUGAUUUGAACACUCAAUUCUCGCCGGAUCAACCUGUUCAAAAGGUAUUGCCCGCUAUCACCUACGCUUCACCAGAUUAUAGACCUCCUCCACCUACUGAAACACCACUCUGGUUGCAGCCUGUGAAUGCCAAUUCUCCUAUGACCGAGGAUGACUCUGAAGAUGAUGCUGCAUUGUUAACACCUUCGUAUGCUAAAUUGCAACAGCAACAAUUCGAACUGUCACAACAGCAAGCAAAGCAACACCAGCAGCAGCAACAACAACAAGACCAAAUCCCGCUUAACUGUUGGAGUGAAAUGGCAAUUGAUCAAUGGUAUUAAACUAUUGAUAUA